AUAUGAUCGAUCAGCAAAAGAAAAGCAAUUUUUCUUUUGUCUGUUCCCUUGAAGAAAUGGCAUAUAUAGGGGGCAAAAGAGAAGUGAUUCAUAGCGUUAAGUUUGGAAUUGCUUUGGUUUUGGUUACACUUUCGUAUCUUCUUGAUCCUCUGUUCGAACGUGUGGGAGAAAAUGCCAUGUGGGCCAUCAUGACCGUUGUCCUCGUCUUUGAAUUCUUUGCAGGCGCUACACUUAGCAAGGGAAUAUAUCGAGGAAUUGGAACUAUAGUAGGUGGUGGAUUAGGGUGUUUUGCUGCAGUUCUUGCAAAUAAAAGGGGAGAGAUGUUUGAAGCUAUUGUUGUUGGCACUUCUAUUUUUAUUUUUGGCACUGUUGCAACAUAUAUGAGGCAGCUUCCAAAAAUCAAGAGGAGAUACGAUUAUCCAGUGAUGAUCUUCAUUCUCACCUUCAAUCUUGUCCUUGUAUCGCCUGUACGCUCAGAAAUCAUCGUGGGUUUAGCCCUGGACCGACUCGCCACAGUUGGUAUGGGCUUGGCGAUCUGCAUAUGCAUCAGUAUCUUCAUCUUUCCUAUGUGGGCAAGCGAUGAACUUCAUUACUCUACAGCCUUCAAAUUUGAAAAACUUGCCUCUUGUAUUGACGGAUGCUUGGAGGAAUUUUACACAAUACCCAAUGAUACGGAAACCCUACAAAGUACCGUUAUGCAAACCUGCAAGUCUAUACUGCACUCAAAGACCAAUGAGGAAUCACUAGCAAACCUCGCUAGAUGGGAACCUUGGCACGGAAAGUUUGGAUUCUUUCAUCCAUGGGAAAAAUACCUAGAAGUUGGAGAAACUCUUGGUGAGCUUGCUGCAAUGAUUUUUACUUUCUAUGGAUAUCUCCAAUCAUCGAAAAAGACUUCAUCAGUGAUGAGCCAGGCAACGAAGGAACCAACUGAAAUCGUGAUGCUAUCACUGGUGUGGAUUUUGAGAGAGUUUGGAGAAAGUAUUAAGAAGAUGAAAAGAUGUCGUGCUAGUGUUUUGAUAACUCCGAAAUUGCAAUCUAUGAAGCUGCAACUGAACCUAAUAUAUUCCGCAGAUUCCACAGUAGAAGCACAAGAAAAUGAUGAAAAAUUCAAGAUCACUUGCAGUUCAUUGUUGAUGGAAAUUGUUGCAAAGAUGGACUUAUUGGUGAAAGAAUUAGAGGGACUUGAAAAAUUAGCAAAAUUCCAAACAGAAAAGUAUGAGUAAACCGUCUUUUGCUUGAAGAAGCUUUUGAAGGCUCGUUUGGUCAUAAACACGGUUUUAGAUUGCAAUGGGAAACAAUACGUAGGUACUAUUUCUUUUUUAGGGUGUCAUAUCCAUAUUUCGUAAUUGGUCUCAAUGCAACAAUUAGGAUAGCAGGAGUUUUGCGUAGUUGAUAGUUGAGAUAUUAAUUUUGAAGUCAAGAGUUUAGUAUUUUAUUACAUCCCGAGAUGAUAAAUUUUACUUUCACUUUUCUUUUCCUUCCCACCCUUGACGCAGGAGCGUAUAAUUUGUCA